AACAAUAAAAUAUACAUGCGUGAAGUUGUUAUAUAUAGCCUUCCACUCCCACUGUCACAUUCAUCCACUGUUCCACUCCUAAAAGAUCAUAUUUUGCUUCCAUAAUUUCAAAAAUCAUAAUCCCUAAUAAAUUACACCUUCAAACACACAUGGAGAUGAUGACAAUGAUGAUGGACCUUGACAAACUUCCUGACCCGUUUUCUCACCCUUAUCAACCCGAUGAUCCAUCCUUCAUGGAUUUGAACUUUCCCAAUGGAAAUUCAACAACCAACAACCACAGUACACCACUUAUAUACGCUACUUCACAACCGGUUGCAAUCCAACCAUCUGACUUCACCAAUUCCCAUGAUCACUUCCCACGUGCGAGCUGGUUUCACCAGAAACCAGACUCCGUGGAAGCAAUGAGGGAAAUGAUAUUUAGGAUGGCAGCAUUGCAACCGGUUCAAAUUGAUCCGGAAGCAGUAAAGCCACCAAAGAGAAGAAAUGUGAAAAUAUCAAAAGACCCUCAAAGCGUUGCGGCUAGACAUCGAAGAGAGAGGAUUAGUGAGAGGAUUAGGAUCCUACAAAGAUUAGUACCAGGUGGAACAAAGAUGGAUACCGCUUCAAUGUUGGAUGAAGCCGUUCAUUAUAUGAAGUUCCUUAAAAAACAAGUUGAAUCUUUGGAACAAGCUGCUACUGGUGGUGGUAGUGAUGGCAGUAUGUCGACAACAAGGAUUAACAACGUUGUCGGUCUCUGCCCCAUCACCAGUAACACAAACAUGAACCAUUACGGAGGUAAUAGUAAUUAUGUAAGUAGAGCAUGCGGUGAGUUUUCUGGACAUAUGGUGGGCUCUAUGGAGUUGCUCAAGUGAUAGAGAUUGAUCAUGUCAUGAAAGGUGCUUUGGUAACUUAACAUUAUUUGAGAUUAUAUUGGUGAUUUAGGUUUGAAUAACGGAUUAUUAUUUGUGUUGAUCGAUUUGGUAAAGAUGGUAUGGGAAUGGAUAUACAUAUAUUUUUCUACUUUCAAGGGAUUAAUUAUAGCAUCAUGAUUUAUGAAGCAACUAAACCCUUACUAUGUAAUGGGGUUUAUGCAAUUUGUAAUUGUGGAUUAACAAAAUAAAAUAUAUUUGAUGGUUUUGAUUGAA